AUGAGGAUGAAUCACAAAACCCUAGUUACAAAUUUUGUCAUCUUUCUCCUCGUACAAAUCUCAAACUUAUCAUUAGAGGUAAAUUCGUUAAGUGCGUACAACAAGAAAGACUAUAGAUCAGAAUUUAAGGUACGGCCAAAUACGGUUGUACGAAUGGUCAUCACCAACGAUCUAUUUGGUGUAAAGAAUGGAAACGCGGGUUUUGUAUGCGCAAAAGGUGGUAAUAAGGUAUGGAAGAGGAGCAAACCAGGAGACCGUUAUGUCGUGGUCGAGUUUAAGUAUGAUGGUAAGAUGAGGCACACGUUCACGCAUUGCCAUCUCCGUUCUAAUUUCGGGUUUGUCAACUUCCCAGUUAGCGUUCAUCCUGACACAUCUGCUCAGUGUUACCCUAGCUACGUUUGUGGUUACUCGGUUCGGAAAGAUGGGGUUUUUUACAAGCCUGAGAAGAAGCUUUAUCGAUGGAAGUGA